AUGGCAACUCCAACUUCCUCCCGGGCUCCGUCCGAAGUACCUUCUAGUACUGAUCAAUCCCUCAACCCCAACGCUCGCCGUACCUCCCUCGGUUUCCUCCGUCGCUCCAAAUCAACCGAACCCCUCGGCGAACAACGCAAAUCCUCCGCCAGUCGCAAAAAGAUGACCAAAUCCCAACUGAUGGAAGAAGAAAUCCGCCGCCAGCGUGAAUCCUACGCGCCUAAGAUCGCCCCGCGCCUGCCAGACUUCUCACCCGCCCCGCAGCUGGAGACCUUCGGUGGUGAAGAGCGUGAUACCCUCAAUACCCUCAAGGUGGAGCCAAAUCUACCUCGUCCCCACUCGGGUGUUGCGGCUACUUCUUUGGCGUCACCGACUGACUCUAUUGAUCCUUAUGCGAGGUCUGAGAGUAUGACCCAUCGUGGUCGGUAUAGCUAUGCUAGUAGUGCGGUUAGUACUGUCAACAGUCCCCGUCGCGUCCGUCGUCGCAAGGACCCCACUCCAUACAAUGUGCUGGUCGUUGGUGCUCGCAACUCCGGCAAGACUGAAUUCCUCAACUUUCUCCGCAAGUCGUUGACAAUGCCCCCGCAUAAACACCCCUCACGCACCCCCGAAGAACUCGAAGAACUGGAACGCCAGACAUCCGUCUACGAAGGAUUCACCUCCCAGUACCUCGAAACCGAAAUCGAAGGCGAGCGCGUCGGUCUCACCCUCUGGGAUUCCAAUGGCCUGGAACGCAACAUUGUUGAUCUGCAGAUGCGCGCCGUGACAGGCUUCCUGGAGAGCAAAUUUGAGGAAACUCUCGCGGAAGAGAUGAAGGUUGUUCGUUCCCCCGGUGCUCGCGACACUCAUAUCCACUGUACUUUCCUUCUUUUGGACCCCGUGCGUCUGGAUGAGAACAUCGCCGCCGCUGAGCGCUUUGCCAAUGGCACAUCCAAGGCCACCGACACCCCUGUCCUGGGCGUCUUGGAUCAGAACCUAGAUCUACAGGUGCUGCGCACUAUUCUGGGCAAAACCACCAUUGUGCCUGUCAUCAGCAAGGCGGAUACUAUCACCUCGACUCACAUGGGAUACCUGCGCAAGGCUGUCUGGAGCAGUCUCAAAAAAGCCAACAUUGAUCCUCUUGAGAUCCUUACCCUGGAAGACCAGGAAGAGUACAGCUCCUCCGAAAGCGCCUACGAUGAAUCAAUUGCAGAGAGCGAGCCUGCUCAGCCUACGCAAACCGCCGAGACCACCGAGCCUACAGAUGGUGCUGCUGAGACCGAGGCCGAGACCGAGAUUGAGAACAAAUCUACCGACGAGACCAACGAGCAACAAAUUUUUACCCCUCGCUCCCCCUCACAGCGUAGCCGGAAAUCCACCGGUUCGUUGAACAUGGCCAAUCCCCACGUGCCGUUCUCCAUCCUGUCCCCGGACCCACACUCCCUUGCAUCCGGAGAAGAACCCGUCGGUCGCCGAUUCCCCUGGGGUUUCGCAGACCCAUACAACCCCGAGCACUGUGACUUUGUGCGUCUUAAGGACUCCGUCUUCACAGAGUGGCGAUCAGAACUCCGUGAAGCCAGUCGUGUUACCUGGUACGAGCGCUGGAGAACCAACCGCCUCAAUCGUAACGGUCAACCUGCGCCUGCGCCCUCGUCUAAACCACGAGCCAGCUAUGGUGGUCGGACAGGCCCUGCUUUCGACGGUCGGCGUACACGUUAA